GUGGUCUAUAGCAUUGAGACAAAAGGUAAGAGACAUUACUACAACUCAAGCAAGAAAGAAGAGAAUUAAACUGACACAUAUCUUUAGAGAUGGCAGACGCAGUCCAGUUGAAGGAUGAGGGAAAUAAAUAUUUCCAGGGGGGUGACAUUGACAAAGCCAUUGAAAGCUACACACAAGCACUCAAGGUAUCCAAAGACAAAAAAGUGUCAGCAAUCAUCUACAGAAACCGUUCGGCCUGCUUCCUCAAAAAGGAAAAAUAUGUUCAAGCAGCAUCAGAUGCCUCAAAAGCCAUUGAUGUUGAUGCUAAAGACAUCAAAGCCCUCUACAGACGUUGCCAAGCUCUUGAAAAAGUAGGAAAGCUUGACAUGGCCUUUAAGGAUGUCCAGAGAUGUGCCACCAUAGAGCCAAAGAACAAAACUUUCGUUGAAACUUUGAGACGACUUGGAGCAGAAAUUCAACAGAAGCUCAAAAGCACCUUCUCAACUGAUUCAAGGGUAGAGAGUAUGUUUAAUAUCCUGCUUGAUGAAGAACAUGAGAAAGACAGGAGGGAGAAGGCUGCAAACAACCUGAUUGUUCUGGCCAGAGAGGAGGCAGGCGCUGAAAGAAUUUUCCAGAACAAUGGUGUGGCCCUGCUGCAACAGCUGAUCGAAACAGGAAAACCUGAGAUGAUCCUGGCAGCCAUCCGAACCUUGGCUGGAAUGUGCACUGGGCACAAAGCAAGGACAAUGGCUAUCAUCCGCCUUGUUGGGAUUGACAAGCUGUGCAGCAUCAUGGCAGUGGACAAUGAGGAGAUCGCCUUGGCCACUGCACAUCUGUUCCAGUGCGUGACUGAUUCCCUGUCUGGAGAAGACAGAAGGGAGUAUGGAAAAGAGGAGGCCCUUGUUCUUGAUUCGAGCAGGGAUCUAAAGGCUAUCCUUAUGGCUUUGCUGGAAAUGGUCGCAAGCAAGAAGGUGUCAGGCCAUGGAAGAGAUCAGGCUCUCAACCUCUUGUCUAAGAAUGUUCCACGUAAAAACAAGAAAGACCAGGACCACUCAAAGUGUCUUUUCACCAUUGACAAUGGCCUGAAGAAGAUCCUGAAGGUGUGUGGCCAGGUGCCUGACCUGCCAGAUCAGCUGCCGAUGACAGAGAACACCCAGCUCAUUGCCAGUAUCCUCCUCAACAAGCUGUACGAUGACCUGCGUUGCGACCCUGAGAGAGACAACUUCAGGGAAAUCUGUGACGAAUACAUCAAAGGAAAGUUUGACCCCAACGAUAUGGACAAGAACAUUCACGCCAUCAACGCCCUGUCAGGGCUCCUCCAGGGGCCCUUUGAGGUCGGUGACAAGCUGGUGGGCAGGCAGGGGGUGAUGGAGAUGAUGGUGGCGCUCUGUGGCUCCGAGCGCGAGGUGGACCAGAUGGUGGCGGUGGAGGCCCUCAUCUUCUCCUCCACCAAGAUGAGCCGCGCCUCCUUCUUCACCACCAACGGCGUGGCUCUGCUCAAGGACAUCUACAAGAAGACAAAGAACGAAAAAAUUAAGAUCCGGGCUCUGGUUGGUCUUUGUAAGCUGGGCUCUGCUGGUGGGGAUGAUUAUGCCCUGAGACAGUUUGCAGAGGGUUCUACAGAGAAGCUGGCCAAGCAGUGCAGAAAAUGGUUGUGUAAUCCUGCUAUUGAUGCCCGCACAAGGAAGUGGGCUGUGGAGGGUUUGGCCUACCUCACAAAUGAUGCUGACGUAAAAGAUGACUUUGUUGAGGAUGAGCCUGCCAUGAAAGCCAUGUUUGAUCUUGCAAAGUCUUCGGACAAGACUAUUCUUUAUGCUGUGGCCUGUACCUUGGUUAACUGUACCAACAGCUACGACAAAAAAGACAUCCUCCCUGAGCUGGUCCAGUUGGCCAAGUUCUCCAAGCAGCACGUCCCAGAGCAGCACCCAAAGGAUAAAAAGGACUUCAUUCAGAAGAGAGUGAAGAGGAUGUUGAAAGCUGGAGUGACCUCAGCUCUUACGGUCAUGGUUAAAGCAGACAGCACAAUUCUCACUGACCAGACCAAAGAAAUGCUUGCAAGAGUUUUCUUGGCUUUAGCCGAUGACCCUAAAGACCGUGGCAUCAUUGUUGCUCAAGGAGGCGGAAAGGCACUCAUUCCGCUGGCUCUGGAGGGAACUGAUGACGGAAAAAUCAAAGCCUCUCAUGCUUUAGCAAAGAUUGCUGCCAUUUCCAACCCAGAGAUUGCUUUCCCAGGAGAGAGGAUUUAUGAGGUUGUGCGGCCACUGGUCAGCUUGCUGAACACAGAGAGGGACGGUAUGCAGAACUACGAGUCCCUGAUGAGUCUGACAAACCUGUCUGGUUUCAGUGAAAAGCUUAGGUUAAAAAUUGUCAAGGAAAAUGCUCUCCCAGACAUUGAAUCCUACAUGUUUGAGGACCACGAACAAAUUAGACAAGCAGCAACUGAGUGUAUGUGCAACCUCAUCACCUGCAAAGAGGUGCAGGAGAGGUACUUGGUGGACGGGAAUGAUAGGCUGAAGCUCCUUGUGCUGCUCUGCGCUGAGGAUGAUGACAAACUCCAGAGGGCAGCGUCUGGAGCACUGGCUAUGCUCACUGCCGCACAUAAAAAGAUCUGCACUAAGAUCACCCUUGUGACUGUGCAGUGGCUUGAGAUCUUGCAAAGGUUGUGUCUCCAUGACAAUAUUGAAGUCCAGCAUAGAGGUCUGGUGAUUGUCUACAACAUCAUGAGUUCUGAUGAGGAGGCCGCAAAGAAAAUGAUCGAAAGUGAGAUGCUGGAGAUUCUGACAAUUGUCGGUAAAGCGGAGGAUAACCCCAAGAGGCAACCUAUGAUUGAUGCUGCCCGUGGAGCCCUCUCUAAGGCUAUGGAUCUUGGACUCAUUAAGCCCUUUUCUACUGGCAAACAAUAGAGUACAGCCUGACAUAUUUCCUCUUGGAACACUUAAGGACUUUGAUAACUCUUCUGGAGACUGUUAUAACUUUCUGGAGACACUGUGUUAUUUAUUUCAUAGAGAAGGUAUCUAAUUUGUUUGUUUAUUGUUAAAUGUUUUGCUAAUUGUAUUUUACACAUCCUGAUUAAACAUUUGUAUAUUAAACUGUU